AUGGCCACCCUUCUCGACGAAUGUGCAAUGAAUAACCCGUGCAAAAAUGGCGGGAGAUGUGUCGGAAAAAAUGAUGACGAAGACGACGACAACGAUGAUGUUAAUAAAGAUGAAGAAGAUGAUGAUGAUGGUGACGAUGAUGGCAAUGAAAAGUGGAUUUAUUGGAAAAAGUAUAAGAGAGGAAAAUUUCUCGAUCCUCAAAAGUCAAUCCACCACAAAAUAAGCAGUAUCAGCAACGACCGCAGCAACAACAGUCGCAGCAGCAACAGUCGCAGCAACAACAGCAGCAACAACAACAGCGACAACACAAACGUCAGCACGAAGAACAUUUAA